UGAUCAUCAUAUUUUAUUUUUCGAAAGACCAACAAAGUCGUUUCACGACUGGUUUUGUUGCCUAACAGAAUUUGUUACGGCUUUUUAGUCUUUUCUUCAGUUUCGGGGAUCGGAAUUGUAUUAUCGAUUUGAAUUGGGCGUCCCGUAAGCUUGUGACGAUUUAUAAUAUCCUUUCAAAUUACGAGAAGCAUUUCUACCUGAAGCAAUGCUCCUUGGCGGCCUGUUACGAUUAUUCUAAUCCAGUCCUACGAUCCGCCCCCGAAUCAUCCGCGACCUUCGAAUUCUCAACGUUUUUGAAUUGCCAACUUCAUAUACCAUUUUCGCCGUAAUGUCUCAAAAUACAACACCAAAUGCGAAUUCCCCCAGCGCUCCCAUACAACCCUCAUCCAAAGGCACAGCUGUCGCUCCGAAAUUAAACUCACAAGACAUGGAGAUGGAUAAUCUUCCGAGCGGCGAUGCGACGCCGUCCGAACCAGAUAUCAUGCAGAUUGCAAGAGUAGGAGAUAUAGUAGCCAUGGAGAAGCUUUUCGAGUCCUCGGAACUCGACGCGACCUACACAGAUGAUGAAGGCAUCACACCGUUACAUUGGGCAGCUAUCAACAACCAAUUUGCCAUGUGCAAGUUCCUUAUCGAGAAAGGCGCGGACAUAAACAAGAAAGGCGGCGAAAGCGUCGCAACACCGUUACAAUGGGCUGCCCAACGGUCCAACUACUACACCGUUAACCUCCUCCUUCAACACGGCGCCGACCCUCUCAUUAGCGAUGCGCAAGGUUACAACACAUUACAUAUCUCAACCUUUAGCGGAAAUGUCUUGUUAGUGGUGUUAUUACUACACCAAGGCAUUCCUGUCGACGUCACAGAUGCUUUUGGCCAUACAAGCCUCAUGUGGGCAUCAUACAAAGGGUUCCCCCAAUGUGUGGACCUUUUUCUACGAUGGGGUGCGAGUGUGCAAGCGACAGACGAGCAGGGUUUCACAGCAUUACACUGGGCAUUAGUCAAAGGCUCCCCGCAGUGUAUACUGAAACUCUUGGAAUAUGGAUCGGACCGCUUCGCAAAGACAGACACGGGCAAAACUCCUGCAAUAACGGCUAAGGAUCUUAACACUAUCAAUGCAUGGCAUCGAGCUUUGAAAGAGUCUGGUUACGACGAAGACGGACACGCCGUAACACCUUGGUGGCCUGGAGCAUCGUUCUUCCUGAAGGACAAGCGAGGAUUUAUGAACAAAUUCUUGUUCCUUUUGCCGAUCCCGUUGCUCUGGACUGAGAUGAUGAUAUUUAGCUAUCUGCCUAUUUUUCUAUCCAUACCAGUCGCGCUGGCGGUAGGAUUCGGAUUUCAAUGGAUUACGGGUCAACUUCUAGAAUUCGCGCCUCCGGAUAUGAGACAUUUGCAUAGAACGCCUUGGCUAGCCGGAAUCUUUGCAGCAUCGUUAUUCUUAGUAGGUGUAGGUUGGAUUUUGACAGUACUCCCUGCAACUUUUGCUGGCCACCCGGUGCUCAAUUUCCUUUUUCUCGCCCUCUACAGUUUAACCAGCUACUUUUAUGCGGCCUGCAUGGUUUUCGAUCCUGGAUAUGUUCCAAAGCUCAACGGAAUCGCGGAGCAGAAGGCUGUCAUCGAUGAAUUGUUAAGCUUAUGGAAAUUUGACGAAUCAAACUUCUGUGUUACUUGUAUGAUUCGGACACCGCUCCGAAGCAAACAUUGCAGACGGUGUCAACGGUGUGUGGCAAAGCACGACCACCACUGCCCCUGGGUCAACAAUUGCGUCGGCGUCAACAACCAUCGACAUUUCUUCCUCUACUUGGUUAACCUGAUUUUCGGAGUGCUAUCCUUUGACUGGUUACUUUACUACUACUUUUCCGAAUUACCCAAGUCAGGUUCUCCAAAUUGCAUUCUCUUAGCAGAGCCCAUCUGUGCUGUUGUAAGCGCAGAUCCAUAUACGGUAGUGCUUGGCAUAUGGGCAACACUGCAGCUCACAUGGGUUGGCAUGUUGAUUUUCGUGCAAUUCGUGCAAGUCGCGCGCGCAAUGACGACUUACGAAAACAUGUACGGUAUUCAAGACGGUUCAGCGUCUUCAUUGGUUUCGGCGUUUACUAGUACCGGGGCGCCUCUUGAUCCUAACCAUCCUGACGCAACUACACCACCCUCCGCUGCGGCUGAUCCGCUAGGAACCGGUAGAGGAGCGCAUGCGCAUAAGCAUAAACAAGGCUUCUUGAAGCAAUGGGGUCGCCUCCUCGGAGUUGACACGUUUAUUGAGACGGCCACAGGUCGGGGCGCCGCUACUGGCAAGAAGAUGCGCAAGAAGAGCAAUCCGUACAGCAAGGGCAUGGUGCAAAAUUGCCGUGACUUUUGGUGUGACCCCGCACCUGUCUUCGGCCGCAGAGAAACAGGCGACGCGAUGCUGGGCGGUGAGAAAAUUAACUACACCGAAAUUUAUGAGAGUCCGGCUGCGAUGAGCCUCGGUCUUGGCGGUUCGAGUGGACGACGAAGGGACGGUUAUGAGAGUGUGGCAGGUGAAGAGGUAUAGGCGAUGAAGGGAUGAACUUUGCUAUGGUAGCAGAGGAAAUUACGCACGUUCACGACUUUGUAUUGAGAAAUGUCGAAUGACUUUCGUGCGGAAAACACGCGUUGAAUUCAUGGCGGUCGUUCGAGAGGCCAGGAGCAUGGACGACUUACUGCUUAGAGUGUAUAAAAUUAUUAAUUCGAUAUCCACCAUGAGACAUUGAUUUUCUGGUGUUAUAUCCAGGCGUGCCAAACCAGGAAACAAUCCUCUUGAUCGAACAUAUUGAGGAUUCUCGUCUA